CUGUGGUCACCUGACAUGGCUCAAUAUCAAGGUCCAGCAUUGUAUGUGUACAAUGAUGCUGUGUUCACUGCUGAAGAUUGGAAUGGUAUUCAGGAGAUUGCGCGGAGCAGGAAAAGAGACGAUCCUUUGAAAGUUGGACGAUUUGGUAUUGGUUUCAACUCUGUGUACCAUAUUACUGAUGUUCCCAGCAUAUUCAGUGGUGAACAGAUUGGAAUGCUGGACCCCCAUCAGACCCUGUUUGGACUCUAUGAAUCUGGUCAGUGCUGGAAUUUGAAAACAGACAUUAAGGAGAUAACAGAACUUGCUGACCAGUUUUCCCCUUACGUUGGGAUGUUCGGGAGCUCUGAGAAAACCAUUAAAGAUGGCAGCUUUCCCGGGACACUUUUCCGCUUCCCACUCCGCAUGAAACCCUCCCAGCUUAGCGCUAACAUUUACAACAAAGAGAAAGUCUUGGAGCUCUUUGAGUCUUUCAAAGCUGAUGCAGAUACUGUGCUCCUCUUCCUUAAGAGUGUUCAGAAGGUCUCACUGCAUGUUCGUGAGUCAGAUGGUACAGAACGCAUGCUCUUUCAGGUAACAGCAACAGAGAAUACCGAUGACAAACUGGAGAGACCCAAUUCCCUGAAGACACUGAGUCAGGCCAUAGACAGCUACAGUAAUGGUGUGCCCAGCAGCACCAUCACAUGUGCCACAUACCAAGUUAACAUCGAGACCCAGGAUGAAACAGCCAAGGAGUUUCAGAGAACAACUUGGCUGGUCUGUAAUGGGAUAGGGGGCAGAGGGAUGUGUACUGAACUGGACUCUCUGGCAGAUGACCUGAAGUUCAUCCCCACCAUUGGCAUUUCCCUUCCUCUUACCCUUAUCAAUGAAGAGGACACAGGUGCCACAUUUGGUUUCUCAGGGAGAGCUUUCUGUUUUCUUCCUCUUCCUCCUGGGGAGGAGAGCGAGACAGGGCUUCCAGUUCAUGUCAGUGGUUUCUUCGGCCUGACAGACAACCGUAGGAGUAUUAAGUGGCGUGAGAUAGACCAGUGGAGGGACCCAGCAGCCUUGUGGAAUGAGUUGCUCAUUCUAACAGUUAUCCCCAGGGCUUAUUUUACUCUCAUUACUGAGGCCAUCAAACGGGUCCAGACAAAGAGAGACCAAGACUUUCCGCUCUCCCCCAGAGGGACUUACAGGGCUUGGCCAGACCCCAGCAUGAUAAAGCCUCGCUGGAAAGCUAUCCUUGAGCCUCUUUUUCAUGACUUGUUGCAGCAGCCAGUCAUCUACUCUCUCAGCGACAGCUGGAUCCGGGUAGACGAGGCUGUAUUCUCAGAGCUGGACACAGACCAUGACAUUUCAGAGACUGUAAUCAGCUACCUCCAAAGCUCAGGAAUGCAGGUGGCCAAGGUGCCUACAGCUGUGAACUCUGUCUUGGUCACCUACAUGACAGGGCUUAGCGAAGUGAAGAAGGUGAUUCCUCCUUUAGUGCGACAGGUGAUAAGAAAGUCCAAACACAAAAUCGCUUCCCAGGAAAAGCUACUGUUGCUGGAGUUUGUGCUGAGUGAUGCCUGCUACAGUGACCUCAUUGGGCUUGAGCUGCUGCCACUACAAGACGAGACGUUUGCUGCAUUUUCAUCCCCUGUCAGUGAAAAGGAUGCUGUUUAUAUUUCAUCUGAAGAACACCCCAGGUCUUUGUACCCAGGACUUGAAGGCCGAUUCAUACUGGAGAGCAUUAAACCAUCAGUAAUGAACGGCCUGAAGAACGCGGCUAAAAGUAGAGGGAGACCCUGCACUCAGGUUCAAGAGUUAACUCCUGAAAAAUCAGCUCGAUUAAUUAAGGAGAUCCUAUCAACUGCCUGGCCAACCAGAGACUUUGCUGUCCAAUGGGACCCUGAAAACAGAGAAAAGAAACACCCUUCAUUUUCUUGGCUAAAGAUGGUUUGGAAACAUCUUUAUAUUAAUUUUGCUGAUGAUUUAAGUAUCUUUGAAGAUAUGCCUUUGAUCCCAAAUGUACCACUCAAGGAAAUCAAGGACAAAGUUAUGCUCUUGCGUCUCAAAACUCCAUCACCCAUUAUCCUCAUAGAUGAGGAAGAGGCCCCGCUUUCAGAAAGUCUUCUUGAAAUCAUAAACAAGCUUGGAGCUGUAGUAAUAAAAAAGCUGGAUUCGUGUUUGCAGCAUCCUCUUCUGAAGAACUAUAUCCAUCCAUCUUCACCCAGCUUACUACUACAAAUUAUGGAGCGAUCAUCUACACAGAGAAUAGCCAGUCUACUCUCAUCAUUCCCACUGAUGGAAAAGAUUGCACUCAGAGACUUUCUGGCAGGACUGUCUGAUGUCACAGAGAAGGAAAAGCGCAUUCUGCUGGAGCUGCCAAUCUUUGAAAAACUAGGGCCCUUUUCAGAGAAAGGUACACCCAUUUAUACCUCACUGAGGGGAGCCAGAGCUUUACAUCACACUGCAAAGUGUCCACCACUUGUAAAGUUAUCCAUCAAUGUUGUGAGUUGCAGUGAUGAGGCAUCAAUUCGCCUCAUCAAGAUGUUAAACGUGGAACAGGUGACGACAACAGAAUGUUUGAAGCUCAUCAUUCAGGAUAUUGAGAAAGGAUUCUACACAACAGAUGAGAUAAAUAAGAUCACGCUGUGGACACUUAAGCAUUUGUCAUUCCUAAAGAAUGAAAACUUAUCCAUUAUUGGGUGGCUCUCUGCCCUGAAAUUCAUUUAUUCAUCCUCAGAAAAGCCUGUCUCAGCUGCAGACCUCUUUGACCCUGAAUUGGAGAUUUUACAGAAUCUGUUUUAUAUGGAGGAGAGAACCAGGUUUCCGUCAAAUACAUUUAUAUCUUCCCCUGACAUUCUACAUUCACUUAGACAACUGGGGCUAAAAAAUGAAGUACAGCUCACUGAAAAAGAUGUACUCCAAGUGGCAAUGAAGAUAGAGGAAUUGCAAAGUAGCGAAGACCCUGAAUGGGACCCAAUAAGGAAAAAGGCAAAAACACUUUUGCAAAUACUCAACAGACAAACUAAGUUGGUAAAGUCCACAGAUGCUCAGACAUCAUUGCAAAAGCUUAAAUGGGUACCAGUCUGCAAAGAAAGACCUCUAAAUUACCCCAAAUCUCUAGCUUGGAUGGGAGACAUUGUCAACAUCUGCUCUCUGUCUGAGAUGAGUGACAUAUCUCAUGCAGUACUUGUGGGAUCUUCUGUUGCACUUGUGGAGCAUACAUCUGCAGGCAUGAAGAAGGCAUUGAAAAUAACUAUAGAGCCACAGGUAGACCAGGUAUUACAGCACCUAAAAGCAGUGAACGAUUGGCAUAAAUCUCAAGCAUUCACCACAGAGGACUGGUAUCAGUUCCAACAAAUCCUUUUUGAGAUUUAUGGCUUUAUGCAAGCUCACCUCGAGGAUGCAAGGGAAGCAAUGAAGUCACUGCCUUUUGAUUGGGUGUGGACAGGGAAAACAUUUUCAUCACCUAGCCAAACUGUACUGAAGGCCAUCCCUGACCUAGAUUUGCAGCCUUACCUCUACUCCUUACCUAAGACCAUUCGUAAAUUUCACAAACUGUUUAAGUUUUGUGGGUCAGUUGAAGAGGUUGUCUCAAGUCAUGUGUUUGAAGUCAUCAACACUAUUCAGCAAAGGUGUAAAGAAGAGAUGACCAAAGAGGAAAGCAAACACGAUCUUCUUCUUUUGAUCAACAUCCUAAGGUGGCUGUACAACAACCAGAUACAAGUAGACAUUGACAUGCAUGUGCCCAUUCUUUGUUACAAGGACCCAAGCAAAUUGGCUAUGAAGCCCAUUCAAGAAUGCACCUACUGUGACAUUAAAGUUGACGAUCUGAAUGACUUACUUGAUGAUGUGUCAGAGCCCAUUAUAUUAAUCCAUGAUGACAUCCCCAUGAAAACUGCAGAAUGGCUGAAAGUGCCAUGCCUUAGCACAAGGCUAAUAAACCCAGAGAAUCUUGGCUUUGAACAGUCAGGCCAACGAGAACCUCUAACUGUGAGAAUAAAGAACAUUCUGGAGGAGUACCCAUCUGUAUCAGAUGUGUUUAAAGAACUUCUUCAGAAUGCUGAUGAUGCCAAUGCGACAGAAUGCAGUUUCCUGAUUGACAUGCGAAAGAACACUGACAUUCGAGAGAACCUGCUAGAUCCAGGCAUGAUCAUUUCCCAUGGCCCCUCCUUGUGGUCUUUCAACAACUCUGUGUUCUCAGACACAGAUUUUCUUAACAUCACAAGACUAGGUGGAUCAAUGAAGAGAUGUGAAGCAGACAAAGUGGGCAAAUUUGGCUUGGGUUUCAACUCAGUUUAUCAUAUCACUGAUAUCCCCAUCAUAAUGAGCAGAGAGUUCAUGAUCAUGUUUGAUCCAAAUAUCAAUCACAUUAGCAAGCACAUCAGAGACAGGUCCAAUCCAGGGAUUAAAAUCAACUGGAGCAAACAACAGAAAAGGCUUAGAAAAUUUCCCAACCAGUUCAAACCAUUCAUUAAUGUCUUCAACUGCCAGCUUCCUCUAGCUCAGGAAUCUCCAUAUAGAUAUGAGGGUACACUGUUCAGAUUACCAUUCAGAACAGAGCAGGAAGCCUCAAUGAGUGAAAUCAGCAGUGUCUACUAUAGCACAACAGACAUCUACUCCCUCGUUGAUGAGUUUAGUAUAUGUGGCCACCGACUCAUUUUGUUCACUCAGCAUGUUGGUACUAUGGUCUUGAAAUACCUAAAAUUUGAGGAGCCAAACCCAGCUGCAGCCCAAGAUGUUGUCACCAUAAAUAAAAGUGUGUGGUCAUCCAAAGCUUCAUAUGGACCUCUGAGCAUCCUGAAGUCUGCAGCAAAAGUCAUGAAGAAGGUAUCAAGCACUAAUAGGGUACCUGCUGAUGUUCCCAAGUCUGGAUGCAUCAUUCGGAUUGUAGUGGAAGAGUUUCACAAUGUGUUCAAACGCAUCGUAGACCUCCACUCCCCUCUGUUUAGAGGCUCAGAGGAAGAUCCUAACCAAUACUUUGAGAUGGCUGCUAAAGGUGUUCAGACGAGAAGACUCACAGAUGAAAUGCCCCAAAAAGCAGUUGAAGUUACAAACUGGCUCAUUUGUUCAUGUAUGGAUGUAACUGAAGCACUCAAAUUUUCACUGGGCGAAAGUGGAAAAAGGUUAGGACUAGUACCUUGUGGAGGUGUGGCUGUUUUGCUUUCAGAGGAGGAGAAUCGGAAAUGGACUGUAAAGACAAAUACCACCCCAAUGGGAGAGGUAUUUUGUUACUUACCUCUCAGGAUCAAAACAGGCCUACCAGUCCAUAUCAAUGGCUGCUUUGCUGUGACUUCAAACCGGAAAGAGAUCUGGAAGACAGACACUAAAGGACAAUGGAAUUCAGUCUUCAUGAGACAUGUAAUUGUCCAGUCAUACUUAGCAGCACUUAGUAUGCUACGUUCAAUGGCAGAAAGUGGGGAAUUGCUUGACUACAGCUAUUAUGCAGCAUGGCCUGAUCCAAGUCUGGUUCAUGAUGACUUCACAUUAAUCAGCCAGGGAGUGUAUCAAGAAAUAGCUAAAGGGGGAGACACUGACCAAGCUAAGGUUUUCUCAGAUGGCAAGACUUGGGUAUCAAUCAAAUAUGUCAGAUUCCUUGAUGACUCCUUGCUUUGCCGGCCAGACAUUGGUCCUGCUGCCUUCAAGAUAUUUUUGAAAUACCUUAAGAAGAGUAGCUCCCAAAAUCUCUGUGCUGUUGAGCUCCCUGAUUGGGUCAAGGAAGGUUUUGAUGAUGCUGGCUGUAAAGGGAAAUUGAUGGAAAACACGCUUACAGAGAAGCAGUUCUUCUCAGAUGUCUUUUUCCCUCAUAUCCAGGACAUUGACAAAGAGCUUCGAGAUCCUUUGGUGCAUUAUGUCUUGAAUGAAAAGCUGGAUGAAUUUGCAUCUAUUCUCAGGGUUACUCCAUGUAUCCCAUGUUCUGGCCCCAGUGAGCAACUGGUAGUACCAUCCCGGCUUAUCCACCCAGAGGGGAGAGUUGCUAAACUUUACAACACUGAUGAUGGAAGAUUUCCUGAAGGAACCAUAAAGGACUACCUAAACCCUGUGUGUUUAAUUAAAUUAGUGCAACUGGGUAUGGCAAAGGAUGAUCUCUCAUGGGAGGACCUCAUAGAACGUGCUGAAUCUGUGAUUGAUCUGAAUGAAAACGAUCAUAUCUCUGCAUGCUUUCGCAGUAGUAUAUUGCUGAGUCUCAUUGACGAAAAACUUAAGUUGAAAGACCCUGCCGCAACUGAGCUCUUAGAAAAGCUACAAGAUAUCCAGUUCCUUCCAUUCCUUACAAGACCAGCGGGAUUUUCCCUACCAUGGCAUGGAAAUAACUUUUCCCCCACAACUAUGUUCUCUGCAAGAGAGCUUUUCACAACUGAGCAUCAGGACACAGUGUGUUUAAAGAAGCCAAUCCUGAAUGAGAACUCACCAUCUUUUAAAGGCUGUGGCCCAAUCUCUUUGGCUGUGAAAGACUGUCUAGGACUGAUAAGAAAGCCCACAGUUGGACUAGUCAUCAGUCAACUCAAAGAGUUGUCUAAAUCAUUUGAUGGUGUUACUCUUUACCAAGAAAACAUAACCAAUGCGUGUUACAAAUAUCUUCAUGAGGAGAUGCUACAGGAUAACAGUGCAAAGGAACAAAUCGUGGAAGAGCUUAAAAUGUUUAACUCCAUUCUGGUUGAGAAUACAUAUGUUAAUCCUUCAAAAGUUGCAUUUCACCUGAAUUUUGAUUCUGCCCCAUAUCUUUAUCAGCUCCCAAAUAAGUACAGAAACAGUUGUCGUGAGCUCUUUGAGAAUGUUGGGGUUCAGUCAAGCUUUACAGUUGAGAAUUUCUCAGCUGUUCUUGAAACUGUUAGGCAAGAGUGUGGGCGAAAGUCACUCACUGAGGAGAACUUCCAGCUUUCUCGCAGAGUCAUUAGUGAAGGAAUAUGGAGCUUGAUCCGAGACAAAAACCAAGAAUACUGCCUGUCAAAUUAUGGAGAGAUUCUUCUCCCAGACUCCAAUCUUACAUUGCAGUCUUCAAAGUCUCUGUGCUAUAAUGACUGCCCCUGGAUUAAAGUCAGAGACUCUACAGUGAAAUACUGUCAUGGAGAUAUUCCUAGAGAGGUGGCUGUGAAAUUAGGAGCAGUCCCUAAACGUCACAAAGCCUUGGAGAGGUAUGCCUCAAAUGUCUGCUUUACUACACUUGGGAGUGAGUUUGGACAGAAAGAGAAACUCACAAGCAGGAUCAAAAGCAUUCUCAAUGCAUACCCAUCAGAGAAAGAAAUGCUGAAAGAGCUGCUUCAAAAUGCAGACGAUGCUAAAGCCACUGAAAUUUACUUUAUUUUUGAUCCCAGGACCCAUCCCUCAGACAGAAUAUUUGAUGAUAAAUGGGUUCCAAUGCAAGGCCCCUCACUCUGUGUGUACAACAACCAGCCUUUCACAGAAGAUGAUGUCAGAGGAAUACAGAAUCUAGGAAGAGGAACAAAAGAGGCAAAUCCUGGUAAAACUGGACAAUAUGGUAUAGGAUUCAACUCUGUCUAUCACAUUACUGACUGCCCCUCUUUCAUCUCAAACAAUGACAUUCUCUGCAUCUUUGAUCCACAUGCAAGAUAUGCACCCGGGGCAACAUCUACAAGUCCUGGAAGGAUGUUUAGGGAUUUGGACUCUGACUUCAGAUCUCAGUUUUCAGAUGUUCUGAAUAUGUACUUGGGAGCUAAUUUUAAGUUAGAGCGAAGCACAAUGUUCAGAUUCCCCAUACGAUCUACAGAGAUGGCAAAGACAUCUGAGAUCAGUUCUAUUCCUGCAUCAGACAGAAUGGUGCAAAACCUUCUGGAUAAACUGAAAACUGAUGGUGCAGAGCUUCUGAUGUUCCUCAACCAUAUGGAAAAAAUAUCAAUCUGUGAAAUUGAAAAUACAACAGGCGAACUCAAAGUGCUUUAUUCUGUGACAGCAAAAAUAACAGACGGAGAUCGUCUAAAGCGCAAGCAGUUUCAUGCCUCAGUCAUUGACAGUGUGACUAAAAAGAAGCAGCUGACAGCUAUCCCUGUCCAACAAAUAACCUACUCAAUGGAUAUAGAGGACACCGAUGACAAUAUGACUACAUGGAUGAUUUGCAAUCGCUCUGGCUUUGCUAACAUUGAAAAUGUCUCAAAGGGUGUGGUAUCAGCACACAAAAAUGAAGACAUAACUCUUUUUCCACGUGGAGGAGUAGCUGCCUGUGUCAGCCACAACUACAGAAAAAACCACAGAGCCUUCUGCUUUCUGCCCCUUUCACUGGAGACUGGCUUACCUAUUCAUGUCAAUGGGCAUUUUGCAUUAGAUUCUGCAAGAAGAAAUCUCUGGAGAGAUGACAACGGAGUAGGGGUAAGAAGUGACUGGAACAAUAACUUGAUGACAUCACUGAUAGCCCCUGCAUAUGUGGAGCUGUUAAUUCAGCUGAAGCGACUAUACUUUCCAGGUCCUGAUCCCACAAUGACUGUACUACAAGGAACCCCAAUUCAUAUUGUUAAAGAUACCUUACGAAAAUUUCUGUCCUUUUUCCCAGUCAGCAGACUUAAUAUACAGCCAGAUUGGUACUGUCUGGUCAAAGCAGUGUACCACCGCAUUCAUGCUGACCUGAAGCGUCUGCUUCCUGUGGUUAGAGCACCACAAAUUGACAAUUCUGACAUGCAUUCUGUUAUUUACAUCUCAUGGGUGAACACAUCUACUGCUAGCAAAGGCAGAGCCUUUUUUGACAAUCUGCUACAGGAUGAGCUUCAGCACCUGAAAAACACAGAAUACAACCUCAUUACAAGAAAAUCUGUGGCUGAAAAUGUUUAUCGACUUAAAACUUUGCUUCUGGAUGUUGGCUUCAACCUGGUUCAUGGCUGUGAUGAGACAACAAAUCUUUAUUUUUGUCUGGAAGAUGCAGGGAUCCCAGUGUGUUAUGUGACACCAGAGGAUGUCCGUAACUUUCUUCACACAUUCCCAUCAGCAGAUUCAUCUUGCCAAAUUGGAAAACUCCCCUGUCGACUCCAGCAGUCAAACUAUAAGCUUUUCCACAGUUUGAAACUCCUAGUCGACUACUGCUUCAAAGAUGUAGAGGUGGAUGACAUAAACAUAGGUGGUCUGCCUCUGUUGCUGACAAUGGACAAUAUGCUUCAGGUGUUUGAUCCCAAGAGACCAAAGUUCCUGACAACACAUCAUGAGUUGAUCUUGUCAAAGAAAGAAAUGUUUAUGAACACAAUGUACAUGAAGUAUAGUGAUAUGCUACUAAAAUCAGGUGUUGCAAAGACCUUUGAUAUCGGCAGCUUUGGUGACCUUCUGGGCUCUGUUCUUCCACGAGAGUAUCGAACAAAGAUCCCUGUGAAAUGGAGAGACAGCUUUGCAAGUGAAUCCUGGCUAAAGAAUGCAUGGCACUUCAUCAGUGAGAUUAUUGCUGCUAAGGAGGACCAGGAAAAUAGCAGACUUAAUUUUGACAUGGUGCUUGAUAUUCUAAAAGACUGGGCAUUGCUGCCUGGAAUCAAAUUCAUGGCAAGAGAAAAGCUGGUUGUUCCCGAACAUGAUGUGUUAUUACCACUCAGCUUGAUUAAUAUAUCCAUCUUCCCACAUGGUCAAAAUGACAAAGUGUUUCACACCCUAAUGAAAGCAGGAUGCAUUCAGCUUGCAGUGAACAAGAUCUGUGCUAAAGACAAUUCCAUCGUGCUCUUUCUGGCACAGCACACAGCAAACAUUGAUAAUCCAUCAAGUAUUUUGAAAGCAUUAGAAUACAUGAUUCAGAAUUCAGCAUUCAAAGCAACAAACUUGACUGACAAAGAUUUUGAAGCUAUUCUGUUGUAUUUCAGUUGCAACCUGGGUAAUCUCACAGAGGAAGAUGCACACAGCCUGAAACUCCUCCCAUGCUUUAAAGCAGUCAGUGGCAGAUACAUUAGCAUAGCAAACUAUGGGUUUUGCUAUGUUCUGGCAAAAAGCAUUCCUACUGCAGACAUGGACAAAUGGGCCCACACAGCAUCCUCUGCCUUUCUCUCUGAAUGUCCCCAGCUGAAAGAACUGUACAGUUUCCUUGGAUGUACACCAAUUGAUGACAUGGAAGUCUACCUUAAACAUCUGCUGCCAAAAUUUGAUAGUUUUUCAUAUGAUGCAAAAAUUGAACACAUUGUGUAUUUGAAAGAGAGGCUUUUGUCAAUGGAAGAGUCAUGCGUGAUGAAGGAUCAGCUCUAUGAGAAAUUGGAGGGACUAUCAUUCAUCUAUGACUACACAAACAGGCUCAAGCCAGCCAGGUUGUUCUACGAUGAGACAGUGAAAGUGUUUGAGGUUAUGCUACCUGCCAAGUCAUUCAUACCCAAUGAAUUUUUUAGGAAAGUUGAGCAAGUGUCUAAGCCCAAAAAUGGGACAUCAUUUAUCACCUCAUGGAUAACAUUCCUGAGAAAAAUAGGCCUCAAGCAUGUAGUUUCUCAGCAGCAAAUUCUUCAGUUUGCAAAAGAGGUCAGCAUCAAAGCUCAAACAGAGAGCUGGACCAAAGAAAAAGCACAAACUAUUGUUAAUGUUCUCUUGAAUCACAUUUUCAGUGAAAGAACUGAUCUUUUUGUGGGUGCUUUCCUCAAAGAGCUCUCAAUGAUACCAUUCUUAUGCCCUGAGCGAGCUCCCACAGAACUUAUUCGGCUUCAUUCACAGUACCAAGAGAUGAGUGGCACGCUUCCUCUAAUUCGUUUCAGUGGAUCUCAAGUAAAUCCAAAAUUCAAGCAAACAGAUGUCAUGUACUUGCUUUGGACAUCUUGCCCUAUCCUCCCUGAAAAAGCAACGCCAUCAAGUAUAAAGGACCAGGAGGGGAACGAACUCACUGGACAGGAACAACUUGACCAAGUGCUGAACAUGUUAAACGUCAACUUGGAACCACCCUUGGAGAAAGUAAUAAGCAACUGCAAGAACAUUUGUAACAUAUCCAAUCCAGAUGAUGAAAUGGUGAAAACAAGGAACAAAGUUCUAAGGUCCACCUAUGAAUUCCUCAAUGCAGACAAAAGAGAAUUUCGUUACCAGCUUCGUGGAGUUUCUUUUGUCCUGGUUGAAGAUGGUUGGAAACUACUGAAACCUGAGGAAGUUGUCAUUAAUUUGGACAAUGAAUCUGACUUCAAGCCCUACUUAUACAAAUUACCGCUAGAACUUGGUACCUUUCAUCAGCUGUUUAAACUUCUUGGGACAGAAGAUGUUGUAUCAACGAAACAAUAUGUUGAAGUUCUCUGCCGUAUUUACAGAAAUUCAGAGGGCAAGCAGCUUGACCCAAACGAGAUGAGGACUGUGAAAAGGGCUGUCUCGGGUCUCUUCAAAAGUCUCCAAAAUGAUCCAGUGGCAGUUCGCAAGGAUUUGGAGGGGCUCAGAGAUUUGACAUUUUACCUACCGAGCCAUGAUGGUAGAUUAGCUAAAUCUAAUGCCUUAGUGUUUGAUGAUGCUCCACACUACAAGAGCAGAAUUCAGGGCAAUGUCGGUGUUCAAAUGCUUGUAGACAUGAGCCAGUGCUAUUUGGGUAAAGAUCAUGCUUUUCAUACAAAACUAAUUAUGCUACUGCCACAGAAGCUUAGGCCAAGACUUCUGAGUAGCAUCCUUGAAGAGCAACUAGACGAAGAUUCUCCCAGAAUCUGCCAGUUUGGAGCUCUCUGUUCACUUCAAGGCCGCCUUCAGUUAUUACUGUCAUCUGAGCAGUUCAUCACUGGACUGAUCAGAAUAAUGAAACAUGAGAAUGACAAUGCAUUCCUGGUGAAUGAGGAAAAAGCCAUACGUCUCUGCAAAGCUCUUUGUGAAGGACUGAAGGUAUCUUGUUUUGAGAAGCUCCAGACAACGUUAAGGGUCAAAGGAUGCAGUCCCAUCCCACACAGCCGCAGUGAAACACUUGCCUUUCUAAAGCGAUAUGGGACAGCUGUGAUUCAUCUUUAUAUUCAGCACUCAGAUAGCAAAGACAUUAAUUUUCUCUUAGCACUGGCUAUGACACUGAAGUCUGCUACAGACAAUUUGAUAUCUGACACAUCCUAUCUCAUUGCUAUGUUAGGAUGUAAUGACAUCUACAGAAUAACAGAGAAGCUUGACAACCUUGGUGUAAAGUAUGACUCAACAGAGCCUUCAAAACUGGAACUUCCUCUCCCUGGAACUCCUAUUCCAGCUGAGAUACACCACAUACUCCUUAUGGAUCCAAUGAAUGUAUUUUAUCCAGGUGAAUAUGUGGGCUACCUUGUAGAUUCUGAAGGUGGAGAUAUCUAUGGUUCCUACCAGCCUACCUACACUUAUGCCAUCAUUGUGCAAGAAGUGGAGAAGGAAGAGGAAGACAACACAUGCUUUCUUGGAAAAUGUUUCCAGAUUGACAUUGGUUAUAGUGAGUACAAAAUAGUUAGUUCCCUUGACUUGUACAAAUUCUCCAGACAAGAUGAAAGUACUCAUAUGCGAGAUAGCAGUGCUCCAUCUACUCCAACAAGCCCAGAUUGUCGUUCUCAUGGUCCACGAAUGGUGCCACCUCUUUUUGCAGAUAAGGAAAACCACAGACCACUUCCACCAAAACAAUCUCCUAAAAAGAUCAAGCUUCAUGCACUACCUGAGAUACUGAAAGAGGUGACAACAGUAAUUGAGCAAGCUUGGAAGCUUCCUGAGACGGAGAGAAAGAAGAUAAUUCGUCGGUUGUAUCUUAAGUGGCAUCCAGACAAAAAUGCAGAAAAUCUGGAAAUUGCUACAGAAGUGUUUAAGCACUUACAGAAUGAGAUCAAUAGGAUGGAGAAACAGUCUCUGUCUGAUCAGCAAAAUACAGACAGAGCCUCUAGGAGACCUUUCUCCACAUCUUCAACCCGUUUCCAGUCAGAGAAGUUCUCAUUUCAAAGGUUCUAUACAUCAUGGAACCAAGAGGCAACAAGUCAUAAAUCAGAGAGGCGACAAUUUACGGAACACUACACUAGCUAUGCAGGUUCAUCUCAUUCGAACCGUUUCUUUGUGCCCCCAACUUUCAAGUCUGUUGGAAACCCAGUGGAAGCCCGCAGGUGGUUGAGGCAAGCGAGAGCCAACUUCUCUGCAGCCCGGAAUGACCUUCAUAAGAAUGCUAAUGAGUGGGUGUGUUUCAAAUGCUACCUGGCUACCAAGCUGGCAUUGAUAGCUGCUGACUAUGCAGUUAGAGGAAAGUCAGACAAAGAUGUGAAGCCAACUGCUUUGGCACAGAAGGUGGAGGAAUACAACUCUCAGCUAACUGGCCUUGCUAGUGAUGUGCAAAUCCUAGAGGGAUAUGGCGUGGACAGCUUAAGAACUCGGUAUCCUGAUCUUUUGCCCUUUCCACAGAUCCCCAAUGACAGAUACACGUCUGAAGUGGCAAUGAGAGUGAUGGAAUGCACUGCACGGAUUAUCAUAAAACUUGAAAGUUUUGUGCAGCAAAAAAUAUAA